AUGAUGACAACGUCUAUGGUUAAUCUUGUACAAACAAAACAUAAUGAUAGUACAGAUGAAUUAACAAAAAUGCUUGAAUCUUUACCAUCUUAUGAAAAUUCACAAGAUAAUCAAGAUGAAUCAGCAAUUUUUGAAGAUGAUAUUGAACCAUCCACUGGUCUAAUUAAUUUAAUACGAAGAAACUCGAUGCAGUUAUCGUCAUCAGAAACAACAAAUGAUUUAUCAAAUACUAUAGUAGCUGAUGAUUCAACAAGUUAUUAUUCCGUUGAUGAUGAUACAACAGCAAGUGGAACAAAUUCAACACCUAUUGUAGCAAGUACAAAUGUCGAAGAAGAAAUUCAUCCUGAUGAUGAUGAUGAUGAUGAUGCACAUAUGAGUUUAUUAAGAAAUAAAUUAAAACAUCUUUUUAUUUUAAGUGAAAAUGGUAAACCUGUUUUUACGAGAUAUGGUAAUGAAGAACAUUUUGUAACUUUAAUGAGUGUUAUGCAAACACUCGUUUCACUUGCUGAAUUAACUGAUUCAAGUCAAUUAAAUUAUAUAAAAGCUGGUCGUUGUCGUAUAGCAUUUUUACACAAAGAACCUUUAAUAUUUGUCUUAAUCUCUCAUACAAAUGAACAUCCACUAUGUUUAACUCAACAAUUAACAUAUGCAUAUCAUCAAAUAAUAAGUACAUUAACAUUAAGUCGUAUUAAACAAAAAUUUUUAGUUCAACCAAGUUUUGAUUUACGUCGUUGGUUAUCAAAUGCAGAAAACAAACUUUUACACAAUAUAAUUGAUAUGUAUGAACAUGAUUUAGGAAUGAUUAUGACUUGUGCUAGAUGUUUAAUAUUACCACCGAGUAUACGAAAUCAGAUCGGACAAGUAGUUGCACAAACAAUCCGUGGUCAAAGAGAUAUGAUAUUUGCUAUAAUUCUCGCUCAUAAUCAACUUGUAUCAAUAGCCCGUUUAAAAAAUUAUCAUUUACAUCCAUCUGAUCUUUAUUUACUUAUUAAUCUUGUUAAUAGUACGGAUGCAUUCAAAGGUGUAGAAUCUUGGGUACCUGUUUGUUUACCAAGAUUUGAUUCAGGCGGUUGUCUUCAUGCACAUAUAUCAUAUUUAGAUGAAAGUUGUGAUAUAUGUCUUGUUUUAAUGACUGUUAAUCCUGAACAUUUUCAAAUAUUAUCAGAUUUUAAACAACGUAUAGGAGAGAAAUUAAAAAAAGCUAAUGCAAUGGCACAAAUAAAAAUUGCAUUAGGAAAAGAACGUCUUCUAUCUGAUGAAAUAGCUUGUAAUGAAUUAAGAUAUUUUGCAUAUAAAUCACGUGGUUUAAGUCAAUAUACAUCAUCAAAAUUAUUAGCACCUUAUACAACAAAUGAACAACAUGUUAGAUUAUUUGAAUUAAUACGUUAUGUAUAUGGACGUUUACAUGAUCCAAAUCAUCAAUUAAAAAUUGUCUAUUAUACUGGAGAACAUGAAGCAUUACUUGGAUGGUUAGCACCAGGUUUUGAAAUGCAUGCAGUAUUUUCACCAUUGGUUACAUUAGAAACAGUUACAUUAUGUAUUGAUCGUAUAUUAACUUAUAUUAAACGUGAAGAAAAUCAAUUAUUCAUAAUGAGAUGCGAAUAUUUUUAA